CGAAAUCUAUUUAUCGAUGCUAGGCUGGAGGAACUCAAUUUUGAAAGCCAAUCGCAAAAGAUAGAAUGAUGCAGCAGAAUGACAACGAUGGAAGCAGCGACCACCAGAACAGAGAGCCAAUUUUAYAUCACGGCAGACCAGAAGAGGAGCCUAUCCCGUCGUUGUCUCAGUCAGUCAGUUUUGCGGAUAUUGCUAGCUUAGCUGGUACAUUUAUAGAGCGAAAGGCCGAAGAUGCACGUCCGUUGCUUCCAAAAGCAGCCUUCUUUAUGGGCGAUCUGAGAGAUGGGUUGCCUAUGGUACGAGCCAGAAAAUGAAUCAAUCCAUGCGUUUYCUUUUAUUACAGUACCAUAKCUCAUGGUAACAACACCUUGUGUCUCGUUUUCUCUAUGCAYAGUUGAACAUGCAAGCUGUCUUUCUGAUGUGUUCAAAAGGUUUCUCAGARAAACAAAUAGGGGUAUUGUUUUUAGCAUUCGGACUGUCUCAAUUUGUAUGCAUGACACCGGCAGGUUACUGUUUAGAUUACUCGAAUCACAAAAUAGAUUGGGUGAAUUUGUCGGGAAUAACGACGUCUCUYCUUACAGUAGCGACGGUUGUUAUGGCUCGAGAYGGUGGAAGCAAUAUGUGGCUAAUGAUCCUUUUCAAAAUAUUGCAGGGGGGAAUGUCUGCAAUCUUGCCUCCUGGAUUCAAUAGUAUUACUCUGGGAAUCGUGGGGAGUACGGGCUUCACGGUUCAAGUAGCCAAGAACAGAGCCAUGAAUCACAUCGGAACUGCUCUSAUUGUUGCUGUUGGUUCGCUAAUUGCCUACCUUCUUUAUCCAAACAUCGGUGCCCUCUUUAUAGUAAGUCCUCUUACAAUGAUUGGCGUUUAUUACAAUAUGGUUCGCAUCAAACCAAAUCACGUAGAUCGUGAUGCUGCAAGAGCCUUGAUCAUUGAAUCUCCUACAAUGACAGAAUACGAGCAACUGGAGACACAGCAUACGAUGGGAUCACAAAUACCAGAAAUGAGCUACGAAGGAAGCGACUAUAUUGCAACAGGCAAUACCUCGUCCACGGAUUCGUCAAGCGAUGACAAUUCGUACAUACCACCCCCACCGCAUGUUGGCAACCCAGGUAUCUGCGAGAGCCAUGUUGCAUUGGAAGAUGCAAACGCGACAAACUCCCAGGAAACGGUUGAAUUGGACAAAAUACACCAGCAGCCCCUAUCACAUACCAGUAUCCCAAGUUUCAGAUUUGGAUGGGGAGUCAGGAGCAAAUGCGAGCUACACCAACCCAGGACACCCCUGGCGGUAUUGCGCGAUCCAACACUCGUUACAUUCACAAUCAUUGUGUUUUGCUUCCACAUGGCCAAUUCGUCGGUAUUGCCGUUGGUCAUGCAGAGUUUGGCCGUCGAAGACRUGAAAUCAGGGAUCCUUCUUUCUGGAUUGUGCAUUUUUAUUGGCCAGGCUUUCAUGUCCUAUUUCUCGAAAGUAUGCGGCGAGUAUUCGCCAAAGUGGGGAAGAAAGAGUUUGAUUCUGGUUGCACUGUCAUCGUUAACGGUACGGUGUUUGUCCCUGACCGUGUUGAUGACCGCCAAAAAUGAGGUUAAAACGCCGAUGGAAGCCUUGAUUGUGAGGUCUCUGAUCGUUGCGACACAACUGCUCGACUCCGUAGGUGCCGGGAUAUUCGGAACCAUGCACAUCCUUGUAACGAACGAUAUAAGCAGCAGAUCCGGUCGGUUUUCUUUGAUGAUGGGAAUCACAUCGAGUGCGAUGUGCCUCKGUGCUACCGUGUCGAGCUACAUCGGCCAAUCCAUGGCACACGCACACGGUUACGCGAUGGCCUUUAUGUUGCUUGGGGCUCUGUCACUCGUGCCUCUGCUGCUGUAUGCCUUCUUCAUGCCCGAAACUCUGCCCGACUAUGUCCGACCAACCAACAGGAAGCGCCGCCUGGUGGCAAUUCUGAAGCGACUGAACGAUCAGAGGCGGCGAUUUUUCCGUCGGAAAAGGAAAAAGAACAAGUCCGUGCAGCUCGAAGACGGUGGCGAAAAACGCGAGGCKCUUUUCCCAGAGUCCGGUGGCAACGACGGCAACGACAARCACAAACACAACGAGGAACCAAAGAUCGAGCUGGUAUAGGCCGGAAAAAAUUACAGCACCGGCUUGUGACAACCAGCUAGAAGCAGCACAAAGCAGCAUAGAAAUUCAGMU